CUGUGCUUGUGGUCCCUUUAAAUGGAGGCGGUCCCUUUCUUUUGUGUUCUGCUUCCCGUGCUCUGAAAAGAUAUGAAAAAAAAAAAAAAAAAAAAGAAAGAAACAUCCAGCUGUAUCAUAUUUCAUUCAAACUGCAGUCAUUCUGGAUUGAGAUAUUUGUGUUGGCUCUAGGUUAACUCAAUUUGAUAGAAAACUUAAAAGCCCUUCUGUCCUUAAUGUGAACACAAACUUCCAGCCAAAAGCUUCACAGUAAACUGAUUACUGGCUCAUAAUGGUUCAAAGAUCUGAGAAACUGAAGCUGGGACACACAAGGCAGGAAACAGAUUGCAGGGAGAAUACAGAGAAGCAGAACAUGUAUGCUACAAAUGGGAGGACAGAGCAGUUCUGUGGGGAGCACAGACGGAGACUGGAGCUGUUCUGCCAGGAGGAUGAGGCCUUUGUCUGUGUCCUGUGUGUUCCCAAACAUUCCGGUCACAGUUUUGUGCUCCUGCAUGAAGCAAUCGGUGUGUAUAAGGUCAAGCUGAAAACCACUCUAACAUCUCUAGAAUCCAAAGCAAAAGAUCUUAAAUACUUACAAACCCAGCAAGAGAAAAAAAUUCGAGACAUACAAGAAGAUGCUUUUAGUUUGGAGCAGUACAUUAAACAAGAAUUUGCAAAACUGUACCAGUUUCUCCAAGACAAGGAGCAAAAACUCAUCCGGCAGCUUAAGAAUGAGGAAGCAAAACUUCAGAAAGAAGUGGAAGAGACUUUUAAAGGCAUUAAACAUGAUGUUAUUGCCUCCCACACGGGUGAUGUUAUUGCCUCCCACACUGUAAUGUUUAAUGGUAAUGUGAAGGUUAAGAGUAAAGAAGAUGAGAGUCUGAAGGUGAAAGAAGGCAAAUGUGAAUCCACUGAAAAUGAUGCUGUAGCCACUCAGGAGACCUGUGAUAGUAAUCUGCAGUUCAGGCAGCACAGACCUUCUGGUUUGCUGACGGUACCAGAAAGAUUUGAGGAUGUUGUGGUCUCUUUCUCAGAAGAGGAGUGGAAGAUGUUAAACAAAGAAGAUAAGGAGCUGUACAAGGAAGUCUUGCUUCAGAACUAUGAAACCUUGGUUUCAGUAGGGUACAAAAUCCUUCCAGAGACAUUACUACUGCUAUUAAAAACAGAUUAUGAACUACCAAAGGGUGAUAUACAGGGGAAAAAUGACACAGAACAGACGGAUAAUCCAGAAAAUAACUUCCAGAGUAUCAGAAGCAUAGAUUGGAGUAUGAAUUGCAGUCAACAGCCAUUGCUUGGGACACCUCGGUUACAUCACCAAAAAGAGAAACUGCAGCAGUGUGUUCAGUCUGAGAGCAACUACAAAAAGGUUCAUCUCACUUCUGUACCACAGCUUCAAACUGGACAUUACUACAACAAGAUUUCUGAAUGUGACAGUGAGACACCCCAUUUACGUCACACAACAGAGGACCUGAAGCAGUGUGCUCAGCUUAUGAAGGAGUCUAACAAGCCUCAACUCACUCUUGUAUCACAGCUUUCCACAGAAUUUAACUACAACAAGAGUUAUGAAUGUGACACAAGUCAGACAUCUCAUACAGAGAAGAAACUACAUAAAUGUGCUGAAUGUGGUAAGGGCUUCCCAAGUCUCAGUAGACUUAAAAUGCAUCAUUCCAUUCACACUGGAUGCAAACCAUACAAGUGUACAGAAUGCAGUAAGGGCUUUCCAAGUCUCAGUAAACUUAAAAUGCAUCAUUCCAUUCACACUGGAUACAAGCCCUAUAAAUGCUUAGAAUGCAGUAAGUGUUUUUCAUGCCCUGGUAACCUUCAAAAGCAUCUUACCAUUCACACAGGGUACAAACCAUAUAAAUGCACAGAAUGUAGUAAAUGCUUUACACAGAAGGGAUACUUAAAAUAUCACCAGAAUUCUCAUACUGGGAAUAAACCAUAUAAAUGUGCUGAAUGCAGUAAGGGAUUCGCAUUUCUCAGUAACCUUCGACAGCAUCAGAUCCUGCAUACGGGUGAGAGACCAUAUAAAUGUACAGAAUGCAGUAAAUGUUUCCCACGUCUCAGUAAUCUUCAAAAGCAUCAUGUUGUCCACACAAAAGAGAAGCCAUAUAAAUGUGCCGAGUGUGGUAAGUGUUUUACACAAAAGGGACACCUACGAUACCAUCAGAUGACUCACACAGGCAAUGCACCAUAUAAAUGCACUGUGUGCAAUAAGUGUUUUAUACAAAAGGCACAGCUAAAAGAGCACCAGAGCUCUCACACAGGAAAUAAACCACAUAAAUGUGCUGAAUGCACCAAGUGUUUCACACGUCUCAGUAGUCUGCGACGGCACCAGACUGUACACACAGGGACAGCACCUUAAAAAAUAUGUUAAACGGGCUAAGUGCUUUAAAGGUAAACUAGAGUUCACUUGCAUCAGACUUGUUAUACAUGACAUAUCUUGCUUUAAAAGCUAAGGAGAUAAUUGCAGGAAGAUGCAUGCCAUGUAAUAUACAUCCUGUCUACAGCCUGCAGUAUAACUAUAGAUCUCAUGGAAGUCACACAACCUCAUUCACUCUUGUUUCAUCAUCAUUUGGACAUUGCAUGUUAUCAGAGUGAAGAAAGGCAUCUUCAGAAGUGAAGAAAUCUAUUUCUUGUCAGACAAAUUAUUGAGGGAAAAUGUAAGUUUAACCCUUAGGAAGUGCUUUAUUUGCAAUUGGCAUGAAUAGUUUCACUUUAAAGAAACUAGGCAGAAACCUGGAAACUUUGGCUCAAAAAAGUCCAUUUGUUCCCUUACUGUAAGUAGAACAGUCAAAAGCCUGAAAAUCUAUAAUGUGCUAUUAUUUUGCAUAUCAGUGAAUAAUUAUCGAAAGUACAUUUUUGCUUCUCCUGUAGAGGAAAAAACUAAAAUUAUUAAUUACAGAAAAAUACAGUUAUUUUUGCAAGCAUAGAAUGGACUUCCCAUUCAUUCAGCCUUUGUCCUUCACAAGGUGACACAGAGACUAUAUUUGGUCAUUUUAUUGAACUGAAGGACAGACUGAAUGGGUGUAAGUUUGGGACGUUGCAUGAUUCAAAAAUAGGGGAGAAAAUUUUAUGGUAUAAUAAAUUAUCAAACAAGUCACUUUGGUAAGAUAAACACACCUGAGAUUAUCAAAAGUUGUGAAUGUACGCAAAGGGAAUGAAGUUAGUAAUAUACAGUUAAAGUGUCUGAUUGAGGAAAUAGAUGUAUACAAAAUGACCUACAAGUCAAAAAGGAAAAACAAUAGACUGAGAAUGUUUUACAGCAGUAAUGCAGAUGAGAAAGCCUAGGUGUAGAGACAACACUUGUGCAAUGGAGAUUCAAGCCUUAUGUACUGGCUGUGGAUAUAAAAGUUGAUAAAGUAUGAAAAAGCAGAUGUGCCAGUGAGACAAGAAUUGGCAAGAAAUGCUAAAGAUUAAGCAAAAUGUUACAUUUAGACAAGACCCCGAUGUAGAACAUAUUAUUUUGCCUGAAGAUACUUUGGAAGUGUUAGGUUUCAGAGGCAUUUAACACAAAGUUCUGCACACAUUAAUGUAAUCCACUAGAUCAAAAGUUGGUGAUAUGUGAAUAAAAAACAAAAAUUACAAAAUCCUUUCUUAAAUCAUAGCAUGGUACUUAACAGUAGAUAUAAAAGUUUCACAUCUCUGUUAAAAUGCCAGGUUUUUGUGAUAUAAAACAAUGAGAC